CCUCUCUCUCUCUCUCUCUCCGCAGUUUCUUUCUCCCCCAAAAAAAAAAAAGCCCUAAUUCUAAACCCUAACUUUUUCAUACGGUGAAAUUGCGGAGGUCUGAGGAUGGUAACGCUAAGCUGGAAGCACCAUACCCUAAUUCAGGCUUUGAUUUCACGAGGUCCUCUCAAGGAGAAAGAAUUUCACACAAUCUUCACCGGCGUCACCGGCAGAAACCCAGUAACUGUUAAAAAGACAUUUGACAAGUACCUUCUUGAGAUAAACAAGGAACUCUCAUAUGUUCACUUUGAGUUGAAGGCUUGUAGAGAUCAGUAUGAUGGCCAAGUUUGUUAUGGAGUCGUUAACAAUGUCUCUGAUGAUCAAUCCAAACUCGGGACUAAAUAUUCUGUUCCGCAGAUCGCUUUCUUUAAAGGCGUUAUAGAAGCAAUUGCACAGGAUGAAGCUGCUCAAGGUUGCAUAUCGAGCUUUGAUGCUCUUAAUAUCCGAUUGGAGAAUCAGAUAUCAAGUGAAGCCAGCAGCAGUCAACAGCAAGUCCCUCCUGCUUUCAGGAACUUUUCGAUGUCGCAAAAGGAAAAAACUCUCGAUGAACUUGUAAGGGACAAAUGGCUGUGUCGCACAAGAGAGGGCAACAUCGGACUUGGUAUAAGAUCUCUUCUUGACCUGCGCAGUUGGUUCAGGAACAAUGAUGUUCCUUCCUGUGAAGUCUGCAAUGAAGCUGGAGUAAAGGCGGAUUUGUGUCCAACCGAAGGUUGCACUGUCCGGAUACACAAGUACUGCCUCAAAAAAUUGUUAUCUCAAAGGGAUGAUAAACGUUGCUCUGGUUGUGGGAAGCCAUGGCCUUUGAGUAAAAUUACAAAAGCAGAAGCUGCUGACGAAGCAAUGAAUGAGGAGGAGGAAAGCGAGACUCAAGCCGCAGCUCCAAAAUCCAAAAGAAAAAGACAACUUAGGAGUCAUGAAGACUCAACUGAAAAUGGUUCUUCUCAAGCUUCUUUAGCUUCAACUAGUGGUGCUAAAGCGAGAAGAGUAACCCGUAGCGGGCACUCGAUGUAAAAAAACCAUUUAAGAACUCUGGUUUUAGGGAUUAGAUGUAUAUUUUGACGACCUUUCUAUGUCCAAACAUCACUGGAAGUUUGGUCUGAUCUGAUGUUUUCUCUUGUGGAUCAUUGAUGGAGUCAUGGAGUGUUAAACUCCUCGGUUAAUGUCUACAACAUAUCUAAAUUUUAAAUCCGAGAAUUUGAUUUCAAUUACAA